CGCACUCAUACUAAUCAAUCAUAACUCACAAGUGACCCAAUACACACUCAUUUUCAAAGGCCUGCUCGUAAACAGAUAAUUUUGCCAACUUCUUUUAGACUUCUCUUCUGAUCCCUCUUCCCCCUUAUCCAUACCACCAUAUCAACCAUGUUUGAGGCACCAAAUUUUGCCUUUGCUAGCAGCACGGCAUGGCGGUUCACAUCUCAGGUUGUCCGAGGACGAUGGUUUUCACUUUUCGCAACGUUUCUUAUCAUGGCAGGAGCAGGAGCUACUUAUCUUUUCGGAGUAUAUUCCAAAGACAUUAAAUCCAGUCUCGGCUAUGACCAAACCACUAUUACUCUGCUCGGCUUUUUCAAAGAUCUUGGUGCUAAUGUUGGAGUCCCCUCGGGACUUCUAGCCGAGGUUACUCCAACAUGGUUUGUUUUACUAGUCGGAUCAAUGUUGAAUUUUGGGGGAUACUUCAUGAUUUGGUUGAGUGUCACUCGCAAGAUCUCAAAGCCUAAAGUUUGGCAAAUGUGUAUUUACAUAUGCAUUGGUGCAACUUCUCAGAAUUUCGCUAAUACUGGAGCUUUAGUUACUGCCAUUCGGAACUUCCCCGAGAGCAGAGGAAUUAUGUUGGGACUUCUGAAAGGUUUCACCGGAUUAAGUGGAGCGAUUAUGACACAAUUGUACUUGGCUGUCUAUGGUAAUGACUCGAAAUCACUUAUUCUACUCAUAGCUUGGCUUCCGGCUGCAUUAUCUAUUGUUUUUGUCUAUGUGAUUCGUGAAAUGAAGGUAGUUAAGCAGCAACAAAAUGAACUCAAAAUUUUCUAUCAAUUCCUCUAUGUUUCAAUAGUGCUAGCACUUUUUCUCAUGGCUAUGACCAUAGCACAAAAAUUGGUUAGUUUUCCAAGAGCAGCUUAUGCCGGAAGUUCUACAGUUGUUUGUGCUUUACUCUUUGUCCCCCUUUUUAUUGCCAUUAGGGAAGAAUUACUCAUAUGGAAACAACAAAAAGAACCCCUCAGUCCUACAAUUGUUGUUGAAAAACCAAUUUCAGCUCCAUCGACAGAGAUGACAAAGACUCAAGAACCCGAAACACCCUGUUGUAGCAACGUAUUCAAGAAACCACCAAGAGGGGAAGAUUACACAAUCUUUCAAGCACUUCUCAGUACUGAUAUGUUAGUUCUCUUCUUGUUUUCGCUUUGUGGACUUGGAUCUAGUUUAACUGCCGUUGACAAUCUGGGACAGAUUGGCGAGUCUCUAGGAUAUCCCACAAAAACUAUCAAAACAUUUGUGUCACUCCUAAGCAUAUGGAAUUACUUUGGGAGGAUUUUUGCAGGUUUUGUCUCUGAAAGCCUACUUGUAACUUACAAAUUUCCGAGGCCACUUAUGAUGACAAUAAUUCUACUUCUAUCAAGUAUAGGCCACCUUCUGAUUGCCUUUCCAAUCCCCGGAUCAGUUUAUGUUGCAUCAAUAAUCAUUGGUUUCUCAUUUGGUGCUCAACUUCCACUAAUAUUUGCCAUUAUUUCGGAGUUAUUUGGGCUAAAAUACUACUCCACACUUUUCAAUUGUGGGCAAUUGGCUAGUCCACUCGGCUCAUACAUACUGAAUGUGAAGGUUACUGGACCUCUCUACGACAAAGAAGCAGUGAAAGAUCUAGCUGCGAAGGGACUGAAAAGAUCAGAUGUUAAGGAGCUGAUUUGCAUAGGAGCCAAAUGUUAUAGGACAGCUUUUAUAAUUUUAGCAAGUGUGACAUUUUUUGGAUCUCUUGUUUCAUUAAUCUUGGUGGUAAGAACCCAAGCCUUUUACAGAAGUGAUAUCUACAAGAAGUUCAAAGAUCAAGAAAUUGUUACACAGAAAGAAGUUGGUUUGUCUUCAACUGGUGAAGUGCAGUAAAGGCUACACUAAGUGAUGAGAAUUCUACAUUGUCAGAGAUGUUUCUUUUAAGGAUUCAGAUUUGAAUUUUGUACAAUUAUAAAGUUGUGAUGAUAAGUUACAAAAAGCAAUUGUUGCAUGUUCAAUGGUGAGUAACACAUUAGAACAUGGCACACAUGCCAUUUGAGAGGACUGAGGAGGGGAGUCAAGUCUGUGCCCUCGGCCUCCGGUCAGCCCACUCAUUGGUUAAUUUACAUAAGUAUUCUAAUUUUCUUAA